AAGGGAUUUACUGACAGGAAACUCAAACAUAGCAUCAUGCCAAGAGCUGACAGAGUCAUUCAAUUCAUCAGGACUGGAAUAUCACGGCCUUUGAAUUUGGAAGGAGAAAUGUCUGUCUGUAGAAAAAGAUUUCAGUGUGACUGGAAAAGCACCGAGACACAUACACCUGAGUGAGAGUGUUCCAGUGAACUGACUGUGGAAAGAGCUUUAACCAGUUACACAGCCUGAAACAAACAUCACACCUUUCAUGGUGGGGAGAAACUACAUGUGUUGUGUGUGUGGUUAAAGUGUGAACUGAUUAUCCAAUCGGGAGAGACACAAGGACACCAACACCAUGGAGAAACCAUGGAAAUGUGAGGACUGUGAGAAGGGAUUCAGUUCCCCAUCCCAUCUGGAAGCUCAUCGAUGCAGUCACACUGGGGAGAGGCCAUUCUCCUGCUCCGUGUGUGGGAAGGGAUUCACUCGGUUAUCCUGCCUUCAGACACACAAACUUGUUCAUUCUGAUAACAAACCGUUUACAUGUUCUGACUGUGAGAAGAGUUUUAAAAGAAAACCAGAUUUGCUGACACACCAACGUAUUCACACUGGGGAGAGGCCAUUCACCUGCUCUGUGUGUGGGAAGGGAUUCGCUCAGUCAUCCAACCUGCUGACGCACCAGCAAGUUCACAAUGGGGAGAGGCCAUUCAGCUGCUCCGAGUGUGGGAAGGGAUUCAUUCACUCGUCCAUUCUGCUAAAACAUCAGCGAAUUCACACUCAGGACAGACCGUUCACCUGCGACUGUGGGAAGGGAUUCACUCAGUCAUCUCAUCUGUUGAGACACCAGCGAGUUCACACUGGGGAGAGGCCAUUCAAAUGCUCCGUGUGUGGGAAGAGUUUCAUUAAUUCAUCCCACCUGCGCAGACACCAGCGAGUCCACAACUGACUGCAUGGUUGGAUUCUGCUGUUAUUGCUGCUGUUAAUCACAUCCAGGACUGAACCAUUUUCUUUCCAACAGUUGGUGUUUGUUUCUGCUGAUGUUAAUAACCCCUAUAACUAAGCUGGAGAUUAAUAUUCUGGAUGAAUGUCAAAUAAAUCAGCUUGGUGUCAAA